CCGUCCCCCACGCAGAUCGUUCUGUUUCUGGUCGCAUAGCCGCCGCCGCCGCCCUUUCCGCCGUUCCGAUCGAGCGAUCCCGCCGCGGCAACGCUCCAAGCAAGCACCAGCAGUCGCCUACCUGGUGUCGCUCCUGCCACGAGGGUUCCGGCUCAACGCCAGGAACUGCUAACCGUCCGCUGCGGCGUGCCGAGCCCACCGAAGUCUUCCCUGCCCCGCCGCCCACUGCAGCGCCUCCCUUCCGUCAAGCAGCCGGCGAGGCGAGCACUCCGUCGACAGAAGAGUCAGAUCAGUCAUAAUGUGGCCAAAUUCAAAUUUGUUUCCCUAGGCCUACUUCUGUGUUGGGCCAUGCAAUUGGCCAAUAUAUAAGAUGCAGAGGGAAGGAUGCUACUGGUGAGGAAGUAGUCAAGCCUUAUACUCCGACUACACUGGAUUCUGAUAUUGGAUACUCUGAGCUUGUUUUAAAGGUAAUUUAUCGUAAACAUGUUCCAACCGCACUGAAUGUGUCUUAUCAUUGAUUCUGAUGGUAAAAAGAUUAUGUGACUAGUUGACUAGAAUAAUUAGCUUAAUUGUACACCAUAUUAUUAAUUCACUUCUGAAGAUAUGUUGCAGCCAAAUAGUUCUCUUAGAACAUGACCAACCAUCGACAAUUAUGAGCUGUUAUAUCAUGUCAACUAUUGUGUUAUGAUUGGUUGCCAUGACGAGUAUCCCUCCCAGCCCCCUGCGCCGCCGUCUGCCUCUGACGAUUCCGCACGCGUGUAGGCGACAGUGGAACAAAUUCAGACAUUCAAAGAUAUCCGUCCGUCAAAAUAUUCAGGAAGAUAUGGCCGAUAUAAGUGCUAAGUGUAUGGCUGAGUACGACGACAUUGUCAGCAGGAUGUUUGAUAGCGAGGAAGAGGGUUUUGAGUUCUAUAACAAGUAUGCUCUUGAGAAAGGCUUUAGUGUGAGGAAAGGAUAUGUUGAGUGGGAUGAAGCGAACGAGAAGAUAAUUCUGAGGAAACUUGUUUGUAGUCGUGAAGGUUGCCGUGAAGAGAAGCACAUGAAGAGGAAGAGAGAAGAUAGGAAGAGGAAGCCACGGAAUAUCACUCGUGUGGGGUGUAAAGCGAAAUUUGUCAUUGCAAGAGUCGCGAAAACAGGGCGUUGGUUUGUGAAGGAUUUCAUCGAUGAACACAACCAUCCUUUGGCCCCACGAGACCUUGCUUGCUUUUUUGCGUUCCCACAGAAGAAUCAGUGACGAGCAGAAAGCGGACAUUAUAGAGAUGCAAAGUGUUGGAAUCCGGAAACACAAAAUCAUGGAUGUGUUGUGCAUGCAGUCCGGUGGAUAUGACCAUGUUGGAUGCAUGCUGAGGGACAUCUAUAACUUCUGUCAUCGCUACAAGCAGGAAACAGUCGCUGCCGGUGAUGCUCAGACGGUGAUCCGUCACAUGAUGGCGCGGCAAGAGAGAGACCCAGAUUAUUUCUUCAAAUACUUGGUUGAUAAAGAUGGGCAUCUGAAGGGAUUGUUCUGGUCCGAUACUCAAUCCCGCCUUGACUACGAGGCUUUCGGUGAUGUUGUGGUUUUUGAUAGCACAUAUAGGACCAAUAAGUACAAUCUACCGUUUGUUCCGUUUGUCGGGUUGAAUCACCACCGCAGCACAGUUAUCUUUGGAUGCGGGAUAAUAUCUCAUGAAACUAAUGAGGUGUACGAGUGGAUGUUGCAGACAUUUUCUGAAGCCAUGUCGCAGAAGCAUCCGAUAUCUGUAAUCACUGACGGGAACCUUGCAAUGCAAAGAGCGAUCAGGAUGGUGUGGCCUGACUCAUACCACAGGCUGUGCGUAUGGCACAUUCAGCAGAACAUCGUACGCCAUUUGCAUGAUGAUGAGGUUAGGGAAGAAUUCAGAUCUUUCAUAUAUGACUCGUCUUCUAUUGAAGAGCAUGAGAGAAAAUGGAUAGAGUUCUUACGAAGGAAUGAAGUGACAAGUGAGGAGUCAUGGUUGCAUCAGAUGUAUCAGAUGAGGAAGUUGUGGUGUGCUCCAUACCUGGUGGGGCGCUGUUUCUUAGGAUUGAGCAGCAAUCAGCGGAGUGAGAGCCUAAACUCCAUGCUACAUACACAUCUUGAGGGUAAGAUGACCUUGUUUGAUAUGUUAGAGCACUAUGAGUGUUGCCUUUCGGGACGACGCUUGAACGAGGCGAUCCUAGACAUCGUGGCCUUGCAGUCCAUUCCAUUUACAGACGCUGAUGCUUCAAGUCUCGAGAAACAUGUUGUCCGGGUUUUCACGCCUUGUAUGUUUCAGUUGGUCAGAUGGAGCAUAAAUGCUGUCAGCAAAUGUGUUAUCAGCGAGAUACUAGAUGCAUGGGAGUUGACUACAUAUGUUGUGGCUAAGAUCGAUAGAAGAGAGAAGAAGUUUGAAGUGCGCUGUGAGAUGAAGGAAGGUUCUUUGUAUAGGAUAAGUUGUUCUUGUCGUAAGCUGGAAUGCUUGGGAACACCAUGCUCUCACAUAUUCUACAUCUUGGGAAUACGUCAAGUGGAAGUGCUGCCUAGGUGUUGUGUUCCCAUGAGGUGGACGAUGAGUGCGAAGUCUGCAUUCCCUCCGACCAGAAAGAGUGAGAUGUACGACUAUUCGGCAAGCCUUGUGAGGUACCGUGAGUUGCGGAAUUUGAGUCACGUAGCAUGUUUCCGGGCAUGUCAAUCUAGUGAGGAGUAUCAGCGUCUGAAGAUGAUUCUGAGUGAACAAGUUGGCAGCAAGGAAUCAAGCCGUGGUCAGGAGGAAUGCAUUAGGUUUGGUCCGGUGCUACCACAGACGACGGAAAUUGAUUGUGGAGAUUUGGAAAAGGUUCUGGACCCAGUGCAUGUGCAAGGCCGAGGUGCACCGAAGAAAAGGUUGCAGGCAAAGAUGAAGAAGCAAAGGUCAAAGAGGAAAUGUGGCUACUGUGGGGUGGAAGGUCAUGAUCGGCGUACAUGCAAUAAAUUGAAAGAGCAAACUGUUAGCUACAACUCUCUAUACAAGGCCAUUGGCAAAAUGGACGCAGCUGCUGAGCCUCAAGAGAGUGAUGUUGUGUUGGUGGCGAAGUGGCCCAACCGCCUCUAUCCUAUGGUUGCCAUGUGAAGAAAAAGGAUAUGUGGGAGCUUUUAGAUGGACAAAGGCUCCAGCAAGGAAGAGAAGAGAGCUGCAUUUCCUUACUUGCAAUUCUAGUAAUUAUCUUUGUUAUAACUUGUAGAGUGUACCCGCAAAAAAACUUGUAGAGUGUGACGGAUUAAUUAGGAUGCUACGUAAUCAGAGUACGUACACUAUCAUAUGUAUCAUGACUGAUUACGACCAAUGUGCGCGUUCCAUGAACAAGACUCCCAUUUAUAUGUUUAUUAAUGAUAUUGUGUUGUGCUUGCUCUA